GGUCCUUUAACUACCACAAAGGGAGGAGGAGGGGGGGACUUCCGGCGCACGGGGACAAAAACAGAGCAGCAUCCUGACGGUGGAAGCACAGGAGACCGUUCACUCACGCGCUGCAGCAGGAAAACCCGAACCGAACCGACGGACCCAUCAUUUUCACCAUGGUGAAGAUCAGCUUCCAGGCUGUCGCAGCACAGAAGGAGGAGAAGGAGAACGAUGGCGACAAGACGGAGAUCCUGAUCCCUCAUCCGAUGGAUGAGGAGGGGCUGGUCCUGCCGCUGCGUCCUAAAAAAUCUCCCCUCAAUGGCCUCUGCUGCCUGACCUUCACACUGGUUGUCUUCAUGGCGAGUCUGGUCCUGGCCUCCAUCUAUGUCUACCGUUUCUACUUCAUUCCCCAUAUGCCGGAGGAGAACUUGUUCCGCUGCCAGGUGCGUUACGAAGACCCGGUGUACGCCCCCCUGCGCGGGCGCCAGGAGCUGCAGGAGAAUGUGGGCAUCUACCUGAACGACAACUACGAGAAGAUCACCGUGCCUCACUUUGGAGGCAGCGACCCUGCAGACAUCAUUCACGACUUCCAGAGGGGACUGACUGCUUACCACGACAUCGCUUUGGACAAAUGCUACGUUAUUGAGCUCAACACCACUAUUGUGAUGCCUCCACGCAGUCUUUGGGAGCUCCUGGUUAACGUGAAGAAGGGAACCUACUUGCCUCAGACUUACAUCAUCCAUGAAGAAAUGGUAGUGACAGGCAAAGUGCACAACAUGCGUCAGCUGGGACCUUUCAUCUACCGGCUGUGCAACGGGAAGGACACGUACCGCCUUAGCCGCCGCGUCGCCCGCAAACGCAUCAACAAGCGGGAGGUGAAGGACUGCCACAAGAUCCGCCACUUUGAGAACACUUUUGUGGUGGAGACGCUCAUCUGCGAUCAAGAGCCAAGCACCUAAAGACAUGUUUCCACUUACCACCCCAGCCACUGUAGCACCCCCGCCCCCCCCCCCAUCCCUGUGGAUUUCACCGUGUCUGAGUUGCACUUUACUUGUGAUUUUUUGAUGUCUUAUUGUAAACGUUUUUUCCCACCACUUCCUGCCUGUGUUUUUGUUUGACUCUUUUGUUUCAUAGGUGUUAAGCUGAAGUGUGAUGCAAUACUGAUAUUUUGGUUCUAUCACAGGAUUUUCAUGUAGCAAAUCCUUAAACCAGUAAUAAGGGAUCAUUUCAGGACCUCUCCUUUUCCUCUUCGGGGAUUUGUAAGAAGGUAACCGUUUCCAUGCGUUGCCAAGGAGACCGUGUUUUUUCUUUAUUUUUUUUCUUUUUAUAUCCCUUGAGGGUGAAUUAACAGUCAUCUGUGCAAAGCAUGCUGAUUUGCUUUUGGAAGUAAAUAUUAUUUAAGGAUUUCCUGCUGCUUGCGUGCAUCUUCCCUUGCCUGCUUGUUGCUUUCUAGCUCAUAAGGAAGGCUGCUUUAGACUGCACUCACUCCUAUAAGUAACCCUUUUGAGGUCACACUCAUGUUCUGUUGAACCUAUUUUUAGCUUUUUUCCUCACUUCUAUGAAACAUUUUGCCUUUGCAUGUAUUUGUGGGGCAGAGCAAAGUGGCACUCGGAGAAUGUUUUGUAAAAACGACGUCUAAAGCCUUAGUCCUGAGACUGGACUAAAGUCCAUGCAAACAAAACUCAUGGUAGCUGAACUGAACCAUUUUUGAUCUAUAUAUAUUUUGUCUGUGAAUAAACAUGACUGAAACAAG